UCACUACUCGAACAGCUCUGUGCUCGGAAAAGUAACCUCAACUUAGACACUGGCAAAAUAUCGUUUUCCCUUUGUUUACGCCUUGUUUACAAUGUGAAGAAAAUGGCCGGGACAAGUUCUGAUUGGGUGGAGAUCCUGGAGCCACGCUCCCGUGAGCGUAUGUACGUGAACUUGACCACUGGUGAGUGCGGCUGGGAUCCCCCUGUAGGCGUUCCUGUCCGCCAGGCAGACGGUAACCAGUGGUGGGAGCUGUUUGACCCCCAAAGUGGUCGCUUCUAUUACUACAACUCUAGUGGCCGCCGCACAGUCUGGCAUCGACCCCAGGGAGCCGAUAUAGUACCCCUCUCCCAACUCCAGGCCAUGAAGCGAAGCAAUGAGGCCAAGCGGACUGGAGGGGGCGCGGACAGGCACCACCAUGGGACCACGGGGAGUGUCAGCAGUGUAGGGAGCCAAGGGCGCUGCACCCCUCUUCCUGAGCAGGACGGAGACAACCCUAUCCCCAUAACCUUGGAGACCAGCGAGGAGACUGCCAACCCCGAAAUGGACCCAGCAGUAGACAGCAGAUCGCAGGGGGACGGAAGCAGCAAUGAACACAGCACAGAUGGCAGCAAAGACCCACAGAGGGAUGCUUCUCAAAGAUGGCAGCCUGCACCUGGUUCAAAGGCAGCCAUGUUGGUGAAGGUGAACAGCAUGAGCCGUAACCAGCCCAGCCCAUCUCAGCAGCAUCUCCAGCACACAAGCAAAGCCAACACCUUCACCCUGCACCCCUCCAGCAACAAGGCCCAAGGAGGACACUUAAGCUCCAACCAGGGAUAUAAAACUGCUCCAUCUGGAAAAAUGGCAGCUGACGCACGUCAGGCCCAUCACCUGAGAAAAGCUAGCAAUGGCAGCUUCUGUUUGGUGACAUCAGACAGUAGCCACCCCAGUCCGCUCCUUCACAGGUCACAGACCAGUACCCCACGCCCCAUCUCUCCACAGUAUGGUUGCACUGCCCCAAUCUAUGAUGAGCCAGUUUCAGACUGUCCCAUAUAUGAUGAACCCCCUAUAGACAUGGAGGUAGAGGGGGCGCACCUAUACAACGGACAACCUCUGUCUCGACUGACACCUACCCAUAGCCUCCAGAAGCCCAGACACCCCCAACCCCCUGGUCCGUCUCAUUCAGGGUCCAGGCACAGGAGGAAUCCCUCUGCAUCUGACUACAGCCCAGCUGGUCUGGAGUGCAUCAAGCACAUGGUCAAUGUGGACCCCAAACAGGGGCUCCUAUCUGGCUCUCCCGUACCCACACGUACCCCUUCCCCUACCUCCAGGCAGGAUCCUGUCUUGACCCAGCCUCAGCCACAUCCCCAGCCCCAGGCCCACUCUUUGCCCCAGCUCCGAGGCCAGUUGAGAGACAGAGAGCCGGGGACCCCAGGCCCAAGCACACUGGACAAGAAACAAAACUGGCGGGUCCUGGAGGCCACUGUGCAGCGCGCCAUGGAGGCACGACACAGCAGGCAAAGCAGCCAGGCAUCGCAGGAUUUCCCCUCAUCAACACCGCAGGCCACAGCAAACUAUCAAGACUCUGGUUACUCCACUGGCCCCUCCCCAAGUCUGAGAAGAAAGAGCAGGAGGAGGGUUGGAGCCGGUGGUGGCGCAGGAGGCAGGCCGGGGUCAGUAGGCAGCAGUGGGGAGCUGUGCGCCCUUAAUGAGAGGCUAAUGGCCGAGAUGAGGGAAGUGGUGAGUCGUUCCAACACCAUGAGGGAAGUGAGAGCAGGACUGGACCCAGAGAUGGGGGAGAGGGUUGUCAUUCCGCGAACACGCUCCCCCGCUGACUCACUCCGGUGGUAUGGAGGAGGGGGAGGGGUUUCAGCAGGCAGGUGUGCAUCACGAGAAGACCUCACUGGGGCUCCCCGGUCACUAAAUAGGGCUGGUAACCAUGGCAACCCUGCCCUGACACCUCUGGAGAUACCAGGGAGGCAAAAAAGGACAUAUGAAAAGGUGGACACCCUGGAGAUGAGCAUCAACAGCCAGGCCAGCCUUUCCUCACCAGAGACCCCAGGACCACCUUCCCAGGCGGGCACCCUAGAGCUGCAGGCUCAGUUGGAGAGCCGAAAGAAAGGCAUGGUAGAUGGGCGGACCGCUUCCCUGGGCCCCCACCGCCCUGCCAACCAUGACAGCAGAGAGGGAGGUGAUGGGGCAGGAGGAAGAGCAGGAGGAUCCUCCUACCAGCUCUCUUACGCCACCCUGCGGCAGCCCCCACCUCCCGACAUGGGCAUGGAGGACUGGGCCAGCAAGCAUCUCAACAUGCACACACAAGGCCUGUUCCGUCGCCGAGUCUCCAUCGCCAACAUGCUGUCGUGGAACCGUGGAUCCAUCAAAAAGCCCAUGCUUGUCACCAGCAACCGAGCUGUCAGGAAGGAGGCCUGCGAGAUGUUCAAGCUGGUGCAGGCCUACAUGGGAGACAGGCCUUCACGUUUGGACCGCCGUCACUGCGCCCUACUCAUUGUCACCAAGUGCUGGGACAUGCCGGGGCUGCGGGACGAGCUGUACGUGCAGCUGGUGAGGCAGACCACGGGCAAUGCCAGCCCCAGAAGCUUGGCGGCAGGCUGGGAGCUGAUGGCUGUCAGCUUGGCCUUCUUUGCCCCCUCGCCCAAGUUCCGCUGCUACCUGGAGGGCUACAUCCAGAGACACACGGAGCCCACCAGCGACAAGAAAUGUGAGUCUCAGACUGAGCAACAGGUGACUCAGUUCAUAUUGGAACAGCAGGAACUAAAGCUGAAGAAGAAUUCAAAGUCCAGAAAGAAGCGAAAACAGAACACAGAGGAGGAAGAAGGCUUGCCUAUCAGCACAUAUGCCAAGUUCUGCCAUCGGAAACUGCAGAAGGUGGCUAUCACUGGUGGCAAAAAGGGACUACGGAAGCCCACCUUGGAGGAGAUCGACCACAGUAGGCGGGCCAUCAUCACCCCCUCCCUGUUUGGCAGUUCUCUGGAAGAGGUGAUGGAGAGGCAAAGUGAGCUCUUCCCAGACAGGAAACUGCCCUGGGUGCAGGUUCAGCUUUCCCAGUAUGUCCUGGCUCUGGGUGGGGCUCAGACAGAGGGCAUCUUCAGAGUGCCUGGAGACAUUGAUGAAGUGAACGCACUGAAGCUUCAAGUAGACCAGUGGAGGAUCCCAGAGAAUCUCUCUGACCCCAAUGUUCCUGCCUCUCUGAUGAAGCUAUGGUAUCGGGAGUUGGAGGAACCGCUCAUCCCCAUGAAUUUCUACAAGCAGUGCGUCAGUAACUGUGACGACCCAGUGGCGGCAAUCGCUGUGGUGCAGUCUUUGCCUGAGCUCAACAGACUGGUGCUCUGCUACUUCAUCCACUUCCUGCAGGUAUUCGCUCAGCCAUCGAACGUGGCUAUAACGAAGAUGGAUGUGAACAACCUGGCCAUGGUGAUGGCCCCCAACUGCCUCAGAUGCCAAUCCGACGAUCCACGAAUCAUCUUUGAGAACACACGCAAGGAGAUGUCCUUCCUGAGGAUGCUCAUUGUUCACCUGGACACCAGUUUCGUUGAAGGGGUGGUAUAGACACCAGCCCCUUUUACACAGCCAGUUCAAGGCAGGAAUGUUGCGUCUUUAUUCCGCCUCGCCGUUCUGUAUAAAAGGUACAAACAUGGAAUAAGGGGGGAAUUGUUGUUCCGCCUUUAUGCUGGGUGUGGAGGUAGUCACAGAGCCGUAUCCACGUCUGUGUCAAAGGAAGAGCCGGCACUGAAGGACAGACACCAACACUGUUGUGUUACACGUCACCCUUCAGAUUGCGGCUCACCGCCAUGCUAUCUAGAAUCAUACACUGGGGCAGCAUUGUGCCGGCUUUGGUUGGUUCAUUGUAAACAAGCAAAGGCAGCAUAAUGAGGAGUCUUCUUAACGGCAAUAUAGCUGGAUCUCUGUUUAAAAGGGGCUACUGUAAACCACCUCACGUUCUGGAUCAGCCCUCCAGCAUCUCCAGUUACACAUUUACAAUCAUGCAUAAACACUGUCUCUGCUCAGACCACACUGGAAACUCUCAAGGUAACAUAUUACACUUCUUACAACACAAGUGGUGUGAAAUCAGCUUGGACUUUGGGCCAAAAUGGCCCCUGCUUUGUUGCUGAGAGACAAUACACAUCACCUGGGCUUUCACUGUGUUUUUUAAUACAAAGAUCCACAGUGACGGUUCACUUUAAUGACUAUGUUUUCUAACUGCUGCAUGUGAAAACAGAUUUACUGGUUCUUUUCUUACUCAAUGGGUAGUAUUACAGUCACAUUGGACAACUGGGCUGUGUAAAGUGAGAGUCUUACAGUAUUUACUUCAGAAGUAUUCACUUGCACAAAAACACUUAAGGCAGCAGUGUUGACGCUGUGCUUUUUUUUUUUUUGGUUUCAUUCAAGUGUGUGUGUGUGACUGUCAGAGAGUGAACAAAAGACACAGCCUUCUUCUAUCAUGUACAGAAGAUAUGAAAAUAUGAAAAGUAAAAGAACUCUUGUAAUCGUGUCUUAUUAAUAAGCUUGCCUGUGCUGUUUUGAGUAGUCGUGCUGAUAGCUGGCCUCCUCGUAUUUCAUUUUACGAGACACAAGAAGCCGUGCUGCCACAACUAUUUUGACAAGAGUACAGAGUCUUUGUUUCAAAGCACAAACUGGAAGGAUGUGCGGAAAGCACUUUGUAAUUGUUGGUGGCAAUUUUCUUGGAACUUGGAAGUGCUUUGAUUUUCUGACUAAACACUCAACUGAAGCCUGACAAGAGUGUUGUAAUUAGACUUUAUGUCAUAGUGAUGUGGGAGGCUGGUUAUUCAACUGACACUCUUUCUCUAUUAUCUAUAAAAAGUCUUUAAAUUGGAAUUGUGUUCUCUUUUGUUUGUGGUGUGUAUGUUUUUUUGGCUCAGGUCGUUUGAUAAAACGGGUGUUGGUUGUGAUAACUGUACAAGGCCACCCUCACAAACACUCACAUUUGAUUAAUCUAGCGCAAACCCCUGUACUGAGAAUGGAGUAUCUUUUAACUGUCAAGCACUAUGAGAAUGUAGAUUAAGCUCUUUGUGUCCCCUCUCAGGCUUUGCCGAUGUAAAUAAAUUCAGUGUGUAAAUAGUAUUAACUCUCAAGUGUAUUCUAAUGAUCCAGGUUAAGGGUGAAGUUAAAUGUGGCUGUAAAAAGCAAUAAAAACGUGUUUUUGUAAUUAACUGUUCAUUUUUCUGCUGUAACCACCUGCCUUUUGAACACAGGACUGAUUCAAACCACUUUCCAUGUAUGUAUAUGUGUGUUUGCAUACCUUCUUGUUAAAAUAUGGAAUGACUGUCCAUAAAUAAAGGUUUGUUCAAUUGUA